CUGUGCACUUGCCGCAUGACUCAGUAGCGUCCUUUUGUGCAAGUUCCCACAAGGAGUAAUGGCUCUCCUUUUUCCAGUUUAAAGCAGUCCUUUACCUAAACCCCUAAACCCCCAAAUUCAGAAACCCUAAAUUAUAGCCAUGGCAGCACUUCGCAACAAGCUCAGACUCAUCACCACCCACCCCCACCACCAACACCGCCGCUACUCCAUCCUAAACCCUGAUUCUAAAACCCCACUCUCCGCCAAGGACAAAUCACGCGCCGCCCUAUCCCUCCUCAAAUCCGAAACAAACCCACAACGCAUUCUCGAAAUCUGCCGCGCCGCUUCCUUAACCCCCGAAUCCCACCUCGAUCGCGUUGCUUAUUCCAAAGCCAUUUCAAAGCUCAAAGAUCUCAAUCACUUCUCAGGUAUCUGCUCAUUUCUCCAAGAAUCCACGUCCCGGCCCGACUUGAAAUCCGAGCGGUUCAUUUCUCAUUUUAUUGUUCUUUACGGGCAGGCUGGGCUGAUCGACGAGGCGAAAAGGGCUUUUAAUGAAAUGGAGGAGAAAAUGGGUAUUCAAAGAACUGUGAAAACUCUGAAUUCUUUGCUUUUUGCUUGUGUUUUAGCUAAGGAUUAUGCUGAAAUGAAAAGGAUAUUUGUGGAAUAUCCUAAAAAGUAUGGGUUUGCUCCGGAUUUAGAUACGUAUAACUUGGUGAUUAAAGGAUUUUGUGAAUCAGGUUCUUCGAAUUCUGUUUAUUCGAUUUUGGAUGAAAUGAGUAGGAAGAAUGUUAAGCCUAACGCGACUACGUUUGGGAAUUGUAUAACCGGGUUUUAUAAGGAGGAGAAGUAUGAGGAUGUUGGAAAAAUAUUGGAAAUGAUGAAAGAAUAUGGUAUAGCGCCGGGAAUUAGUACGUAUAAUUUAAGGAUUCAGAGCUUGUGUAAGCUUAAGAAGUCGGGGGAAGCUAAGGCGUUACUCGAUGGGAUUUUAUCGAGAGGUUUGAAGGUGAAUCAUGUGACUUAUGGUCAUUUGAUACUCGGGUUUUGUAGAGAAGGUAAUUUGGAAGAAGCGAAGAGUUUGUUUCAGAAGAUGGUUAAUACUAGCGGAUUGAGACCGGAUGCUGAAUGCUAUUUUACGUUAGUGUAUUAUUUGUGUCAAGGUAAGGAUUUUGAGGCUGCGUUGAAGAUUUGUAAAAGUUGUUUGGCCGAGGGAUGGGUCCCGAAUUUCUCCACAAUGAAAUCACUCGUUGAGGGGCUGGCUAGCAUUUCGAAGGUUGAUGAUGCACGGGAAAUCAUAGGUCAAGUGAAGGAGAAGUUUUCGAAGAACGUUGAGAAGUGGAACGAGAUUGAAGAGGCAUUGCCGGAGUAGGGAGAGAAGUACUAAACAUGGUAAUGAAUGUAACGGAUACCCUUAACAUUACCAGGCUGUUCUACAACUAAAGUGUUUAACAUUACAAGAUGCAUGUCCUUGGGAAUGCCACGUUCUAAAUACCCUUGAUAACACGGUCUUAAGCUUGAUAACCUGUUUACCUGCAUUUACAUGGAUAGUUAGGGCUACCAAGUGUUUUCAGAAAUGCAAAUACUUAUAGCAGGCUGUGAUGAGGUCUUUAGCUUUUUCUGUCUGCCUCAGUAAGUGCGAGAGGGAAGCUGCUUUGGUUGCUAAAUCUUCUCUAUUAAAGCUGAGCACAUAAACUACUCAAUGCUGCAUUAGAAGGUGGCUUUUGACAAUUGUCUAUGGUUCACCUCUGCUUUUGUUUUUUUAAACUAAUGCCUGCUGUCUAUGUUUAAUAGAAGAACAAUAGUGCUGUGCCACACUUUUAUCCCACAAUAUUGAUGAUAGUACUGUCUUGAAUUAUGUUUUGGGGAAA